UCAACAACACUGGUCAGUUCAAAUGAAUCAAACCUACAGUCAGUCACAGACCUGCAGCAUCUUCACACUUCCAUCACAGAAAUGGUCAUAAGCCGCGUUUUGGACGCAUGGGUGGACGCGUCGAUGAUGCCCAAAAAUGCAGUCUAGGUAGUGUGGAAGGCAAGGCAGCUCACUAGGUCUUGAGACGCAGCCGAGUCUCUCACUGGACAUCUGCGUUGGAUCUGUUCAGUCCUCCGAGCUUCUGUGUUGUAGAUGCAUAAUCCUCCAGCGGUGACAGUGUCCCGGGCUGAUGGGAACUCUCCGUGACCUCCAGUUUGCCCUGCAGACCAAAAUCGAGGAGCUGCGGCAGCGUGACGCCCUUAUCGAUGAGCUAGAGCUGGAGCUGGACGCUAAAGAUGACCUCAUCAGACAGCUUCAGGGCGAGCUGGACCGUCUCCGCGCCGCCCCUGUCUCACACAACCCCUCCGGGGCCACAGAAAUCACAGCGUUACCAGAUGAGCCCCAGCGUACUAAACGCCAGGCCAUAUCAGCCGAACCCACGGCGCUGGAUCCAAAUCAACUCACCCACGUCACCCUGACCAACUACAGCAAGAGCGAGGAGUCUCGAGAGUUGAUCCAGAGGGCUCUGCUGGAGAAUGAUUUCAUGAAGCAUCUGGAGGCCAGCCAGAUCCUCACCAUCAUGGACUGCAUGUAUCCCACCACUCUGGCACAGGGCUGCUGCGUCAUCCAGGAGGGCGACGACGGCUCUACCGUCUAUGUCCUGGAAGAGGGGUUGGUGGAGGUUACCAAGGGAGGACAGAAGCUGUGCACCAUUGAGCCGGGAAAGGUUUUCGGCGAGCUCGCGAUACUCUAUAACUGCACACGCACGGCCACCGUCACGGCCCUGACUGAUAUCAAACUAUGGGCCAUAGACCGACAGGGUUUUCAAACCAUCAUGAUGAGAACUGGCCUUCUCAAGCAUUCAAACUACAUGGAGUUCUUGAGGAGUGUGCCCUCCUUCAAGACUCUCGCUGAAGAUGUGCUGAGUAAAGUAGCAGAUGUUCUGGAAGAGACUCACUACAGUGAUGGUGACUACAUCAUUCGUCAGGGCGCCACUGGAGACACAUUCUUCAUCAUCAGUGAGGGUCAGGUGAGGGUCACCCAGCAGAAAUCAGCCAAUGAGGAGCCAGUGUUCCUGUCCACACUGUCUAGAGGGGAUUGGUUUGGAGAGCAGGCUCUCAAAGGGGAAGAUGUGCGUACAGCGAAUGUAACGGCUGUUGGAGAUGUGACAUGUCUGGUUGUGGACAGAGAGUCUUUCAAGCAGCUAAUCGGUGGACUGGACAAUAUGAGCAAUAAAAUGUACGAGAGCGAAGAGGUGAAAGCCAAGUUGGAGGCAGAAGCCGCGUUCUUCUCCAGUAUGUCUCUCAGCGACUUCCGUGUGAUCUGCACGCUGGGGGUGGGUGGAUUCAGUCGGGUAGAGCUGGUGCAGCUGAAGAACGAUCACAGUCGCUCUUUUGCCAUGAAGGUCCUGAAAAAGCGUCACAUCCUGGACACGAGUCAACAGGGCCACAUCCUGUCUGAGAGACGCAUCAUGAUGGAAGCCCACAGUCCUUUUACUGUCAGACUAUAUCGGACCUUCAGAGAUUCUAAAUACUUAUACAUGUUAUUGGAGGCGUGUUUGGGUGGAGAGCUGUGGACUCUGCUCAGGGACAGGGGGUUGUUUGAUGACAGCACCACACGCUUCUACGCUGGAUGUGUGGUGGAAGCUCUCGCUUUUCUACACUGCCGAGGCAUCAUCUACAGAGACCUGAAGCCUGAGAACAUCAUACUGGACCACCGUGGAUAUGCCAAGCUGACGGACUUUGGUUUUGCUAAAAAAGUUGGCUUGGGGAAGAAGACGUGGACAUUUUGUGGAACUCCAGAGUACGUGGCCCCUGAGAUCAUCCUAAAUAAAGGUCAUGAUGUCUCGGCCGACUGCUGGUCUCUUGGAAUCCUCAUCUUUGAGCUGCUGAGCGGAAGCCCACCUUUCUCAGGGUCAGAUCCCAUGAAGACGUAUAACAUUAUUCUUCGAGGAAUCGAUAUGGUGGAGUUUCCCAAGAAAAUCACCAAGAGUGCUGCAAACUUAAUCAAGAGACUGUGCAGGGACAAUCCGUCCGAGAGACUCGGCAACCAGAAGAACGGUGUGAAGGACAUCCAGAAACACAAAUGGUUUGAGGGGUUUAACUGGGAUGGUAUUCGUGAAGGCACCUUGACUCCUCCAUUUAUACCAAAUGUGGAUGGCCCUUUGGACACAAGUAAUUUUGACUGUUUUCCUGAGGAUACAGAUGAGCCGCCACCUGAUGAAGAGUCUGGCUGGGACAUUGAGUUCUGAUUGGAUGGACCGAAUGUUAGGAACGGACACAUAAAAAGCAGUCUGAAUCCAGAAUAGAACACUAAACAGAAACAACAGAGCUGUUAGUACAUGAAAGUCAUGUUCAAAUAAAAGUUUUUCUUCUUUAGAA